UAUGGCUUCUGCUUCCUUGGCCAACAAUCAGUUCAUCUGUAACUUCAAAUUCCAGUCCCAUUUUCACUUGAUCGUACUUCGAAGCGCCAUCUUUGCUCCUUUAAGAUCGAUCAUAUGGCAACUGGUAUCGCUUCAGGAUGCGGACAGUUACAUUUGAGGAAGCCUGUCUACUUGAGGAAUAGCUAUGGAAAUAAAGCUCACUCUCAUUCCAAUGUGAUUCUCAACGGCACGCAAAACCAGAUCGCUUGGUCUAGUUGGGUUUCAAAUGUCUUGCGAGUUAAUAGAAGUAGCUAUCCACAAUGUCAAGUGAUCAAAACAAACUGGAAGUCUCGCCGAGGAACAAUCAAAUCUUGCCAGCAGAGAGAUGGAUCAGUUACUAGGUACUUCGAUUUCAUUGUGAUUGGUAGUGGAAUUGCUGGCCUUCGAUAUGCACUUGAGGUUGCCAAACAUGGAACUGUGGCUGUGAUAACCAAGGAUGAGCCACAUGAGAGUAGCACUAACUAUGCUCAAGGUGGUGUAAGUGCUGUGCUCUGCCCUUUGGAUUCAGUGGAGAACCACAUACAAGAUACAAUUGUUGCAGGUGCUUACCUCUGUGAUAAGGAGACUGUUAAAGUAGUGUGUACUGAAGGACCUGAGAGAAUUAGAGAACUGAUCGCUAUAGGUGCAUCAUUCGAUCAUGGGGAGGACGGAAAUCUGGAUCUAGCCAGGGAAGGAGGCCACUCCCAUCAUCGAAUUGUCCAUGCUGCUGAUAUGACUGGCAGAGAGAUAGAAAGAGCCCUAUUAGAGGCAGUUUUUAAGAAUCCUAAUGUACAUGUGUUUCAACACCAUUUUGCUAUAGAUUUGUUGACCACUCAGGAUGGUUCUGACAUAGUAUGUCAUGGCGUUGAUACUAUACACACGGAAACGAAGGAGGUUAUAAGAUUCAUUUCAAAAGUGACUUUGCUGGCAUCAGGUGGAGUUGGACAUAUCUAUCCAAGUACUACUAAUCCAACGGUUGCAACUGGUGAUGGAAUGGCUAUGGCUCAUCGAGCUCAAGCUGUAAUAUCCAACAUGGAGUUUGUGCAAUUCCACCCAACUGCCUUGGCUGAUGAAGGCCUACCCAACAUACCAAGUGCCAGAGAGAAUGCUUUUUUGAUAACUGAAGCUGUCAGAGGUGAUGGAGGCAUCCUUUACAACUUAGAUAUGGAAAGAUUUAUGCCAACGUAUGAUGAAAGAGCAGAACUUGCCCCGAGAGAUGUGGUAGCAAGAAGUAUAGAUGACCAGCUCAAAAAGCGUGGCGAAAAGUAUGUUCUUCUUGAUAUCAGUCACAAGCCCAGAGAGAAGGUUCUGUCUCAUUUUCCUAAUAUAGCUGCUGAGUGUCUCCGCCAUGGGUUAGACAUAACACAGCAGCCGAUUCCGGUGGUUCCUGCUGCUCACUACAUGUGUGGUGGAGUCCGUGCUGGACUCGAGGGUGAGACUAAUGUGCAAGGUCUUUAUGUGGCAGGUGAAGUUGCAUGUACUGGUUUACAUGGUGCAAACCGACUUGCUAGCAACUCAUUGCUUGAAGCACUAGUGUUUGCACGAAGAGCAGUACAGCCUUCAAUUGAUCAUGUGAAUGUGUCUAGAAUUGAGCACGGUGCAUCAAGUUGGUGGCCGCGACCUAUCGCCCCCAUGGUACUAGGAGAGACAAUUCUUAACAAAGUCAUCUGUAGGACAAGGGAAGUGAGGAAAGAACUACAGUCAAUCAUGUGGGAAUAUGUUGGAAUUGUUAGGUCUACCUCAAGACUAACUGCUGCUGAGAAGAGAAUCAGAGAGUUGGAGUUGGAAUGGGAAACAUACCUAUUUCAGCAUGGCUGGGAACCAACAAUGGUUGGAGUAGAGGCUUGUGAGAUGAGGAAUCUCUUCUGUUGUGCCAACCUGGUAGUUAGCAGUGCUCUUUCUCGACAAGAGAGUCGUGGGCUUCACUACACCACUGAUUUUCCUCAUGUUGAGGAAAGCGAGAGGUUGCCAACGGUCAUUUUUCCUUCUCAGCGAAAUAGCACAUGGAGCACACGGCAAUUACACGCACAGCCGAUAAGUUAGAUAUCUCUUACCUAUUUGCCAUUGUUCCUGCCAAAACAUCUCCAGUGCAGGACAUGAUUUGUCGAUUUUACCAGGUUGCAGGGGUGUAUCUAUCGGAAGGGGUAUGGGUUCACAUGAUCACAUACUCUUCUCCCUAGACUAUGUAUAAUAAUGUAUAUUUCUUCAAUGUUAUUUAAAUAUGUAAGUGUGUCAGCCAAGCUCAAAGAGUUCUAUCGUUCAAUAAUUAUUGGGUGCAUCUUUAAAUCCCAUGUCUAUUU